GCAUGCAGUUCAGAUGUAAUAGAUGCGGUUGAGGACCCUGAGACUUCCCCAGUUUUCGCUCCCCGCUCUGUAUCUGGGUUGAGCUCUACCGACGCGUGUGACCGACGGGCUCUAUGUAAUACCCACUUGGCAGACUACGCGUGUGAUAACAUCUGGUCUUUUCGAUACCUUCCUCCUUCAACUCUUGCCUGUCUUGCUCCAGAUUUCGAUUGCUUGCGACAAGCCCACCAAACACCUUCUGCGAACGCGAUAAACCUCAACGAAGGCGUCCACCAUGUCUACACUCACAGUUCACGGCCUGACCAAAGGCCAAAUAGACGAGAAGAUCCUCCUUCUAACACACAACCUGAUCAACAUUCACGACACAACGGGCGAGUUCCUCCUGAAACUCGACGAUGGCCGCGUUAUCGACACAAAAGGCUGGGACGGCUGGGAGUGGACACAUGGCAUAGGUCUUUAUGGUCUGUGGCACUACUACACGCUGACGGGCAGCACUGCAACCAUGGACAUUAUGAAGGGCUGGUUCGAGAAGCAGCUCAGCAAGGGUACAACCAAGAAUAUCAACACCAUGAGCCCGUUCCUCACAUUGGCAUAUCUGUAUGAAGAGACAGGAAACAAGACGUUUGUGCCUUGGUUAGACACGUGGGCUGAGUGGGUGAUGCAUGGACUGCCCCGCACAAAGUUUGGCGGGUUCCAACACGAGACGUACAACUCGUUCAACAAGGAUGAACUAUGGGACGACACGCUUAUGAUGAGCGCACUGCCUCUCGCAAAGAUUGGUCUUACGCUCGACAGACCAGAAUACGUAGAGGAAGCAAAGCGCCAAUUCAUCCUGCACUGCCAGUACCUCUGCGACACAUCCACAGGCCUGUUCUUCCACGGCUGGAAGUGGGAGGACAAGGGUGGAUUGGAGGUCGGCCACAACUUUGCGCGCGCGCGAUGGGCGCGUGGUAACUCGUGGUUGACGAUUGCGAUUCCGGAUUUCAUUGAGUUGCUUGACCUCAAGGAGACAGACCCCCUCCGUCAAUUCCUCAUCGGCAUCCUUGAGUCGCAAUGUCAAGCACUGCUGAAGUUGCAAGGCGAGAACGGCAUGUGGCGCACACUUCUUGAUAUUCCUGUCUCAGAAGGCAGCUACGAAGAGGCGUCGGCCACAGCAGGUUUUGCAUACGGUAUGCUCAAGGCGUGUCGGAAACGAUAUAUUAGCGGAGACGUAUACCUCCAGAGCGCAGUCAAGGCGAUCAAGGCCGUCAUGGGUUGCAUCAGCGCGGAGGGUGAGCUGGAGCAGACAAGUUUUGGAACUGGUAUGGGACACGAUUUGCAGCAUUACAAGGAUAUCGCCAUCACCAGUAUGCCAUAUGGCCAGGCCAUGGCUAUCAUGGCGCUGGGAGAGUUUAUGAGGACUUUUAUCUAAGAGAUGGCUAUAUGAAUACACGUAUCAAACGACGAAUGAAUGACUGUACACCAGCACCCGUAUGGAAGGGCAUGUGGGUUGUGACUGACAUGAUUUCUUCCGCUCUUGUAUACGACUUUUCUGUUCCCAACGAUAGUGAGAGAAACAUGAGUCGAAGC